AUGUAUCUGCUUGAGCGGGCGCACCCGUCGGUGCGGGCGGCCGUCGACCGCGUCUUGUGCGGGGAGAACAAAACCCCACACACCGUCGUGCGCGACUUUGACGGGUGCGAGUACCACAUCCAGGUGGACUGGGAGGCGGAAAGCGGCGCGGGCGCCACGCCGCAACGGGCCGCCGUCACCGUUGCGCUGCGGCACUCCACCCCGUUUAAGGAGUUGAAUGCCCUCCGCAACUUUGAAGACGUCCUUCCGACGCUUUUUCCCGCGGAUCUGCGAAGGUUUCUGAGGGGCAACGCGCAUGCCCGCAGCGACGGCGGCUUCGUUGCGGAGGUGCACGUCCCUGCCGACGCCGCGGCGCCCCUGCGGCAGGCGGCGCUGCAGUCGGCGGCGCAGCUGCGGAUAUGGAGCUACGUCCCUGUGUUUGCCGGGCAGCACGCGCUGUACGCGGCGCGGCCGGAGGCUCCGCUGCGGCCCGUCGUGCUGCACUACCACGCGGCGGAGGAGAUGGUGCUGUUCAGCAACAGGGGGAACUUUAUCGUCGCCGUCGCCCUGCGGCCCGCCUCCAAGGACGAGGCGGUCUUCACCAGGCACUUUCUGCAGGCCAUGAUGGAUGCGAAGAAGCUGCAGCGGGAGAUCAGCGCGGCCCCGGCCUUCGUGUUUGACCACGGCAAGCCCCCCGCCGCUUUUCCGGAGGACCUCGCCCUGCCGUCGCUGACGGACCCCGAUGUGUUUUGGUGCAGCUUUCAGCUCUUCCGGCGGCAAAUGGAGCCUGGCGAGCACCUCGUCGAGACCGUCACGCAACUCGUGAACUUCCGCAGCACACUCGCCUAUCACAUUCACGCCGGCAGAACGUACAUGCACGCCCUGAUGCGGAAGCGGGUGGAGAGCAGUAUGCAGGUGCUAAACAGGGCAAAGACGAAGACCACGGACAAGGCCAAGGUCAUUCUGCGUUGA